AUGCCAAGUCAAUACGAAGAGGAGCGUGCUUGGGAAGCACCAAAUCACAAUCAAUAUGAAGAAGAAGGCAAUGAAGAUAUCAUUGAGAACCCAGAAGAAGUUUUACAUGAAUGUCUUGAAAAGUUCAAGACACCAGAUUAUAUUAUGGAACCUGGAAUAUUUGGACAGCUUAAACGGUACUUCCAAGCUGGUGGAAAUCCAGAACAAGUUAUUGAACAGCUAUCAAUAAACUACAAUGCUGUGGCACAAAUGGCAAAUUUACUUGCUGAAUGGCUAAUACUUGGAGGGGUCAAAGUGACAGAGGUACAAGCAAUGGUUGAAAACCAUUUGAAAGAUAUGAUUUUGAAAACAUUUGAUCCAAAAAAGGCUGACACUAUAUUUACUGAAGAGGGAGAAACUCCAGGUUGGCUGACAGAAAUGAUUGAACAUCCAACAUGGAGGUCACUGAUUUACCGAUUGGCUGAAGAGUAUCCAGAUUGUCUUAUGCUUAACUUUACCAUCAAGUUGAUAUCAGAUGCUGGAUUUCAAGGAGAAAUUACAAGCAUAUCUACAGCUGCUCAACAAAUUGAAGUAUUUUCUAGAGUUCUAAAAUCAGCAAUAGUUGGAUUUUUGCAAAGUUCUGAUGAUUGGCAAAACAGUGUGAAUGAAUGUGCAAAAAUGGUUUGCCAUGGUGCUCACACAUAUGUAUACAGUCAAGUGAUUGUGCAUAUACUUUCACAAGAGCCUAGAGGAGGCGCUAUCAUGAAAAGACUAGGCCAAGAGAUAACUCGUUGUGCUCAACAAAGUGGACAUGAUGUAACUCCAAUCACAUUGGCCCUCACAUCUGGGGAAUCUUGGCGCAACGCUCGAACAGCCCUUGCCGCCAUGUUAUCUCGUGGUGCCCUGAACCCUGCCGAUAUUUCAGUGUUAUUCAGAGCUUACACACAGUCUGAACCACCACCAGUACAUUUGCUAAGAAUUCCUCAAUUUUUGGAACUACUAGUCGAUUCAUUGUUUAAAUCAGGGAGUAAAAUAAAUCCAGAACAUAAAUCAAAGUACAUGUAUUUAUUGGCUUAUGCUGCAAGUGUAUGCGAAGGACUGACACCAGGCAGGCCUGUGAAGGAUGAAUUAAAAGCUACAGUACAAGCUAUAGAAAAGGUGCAUGCUGUUUGCAGCAGCUCUGCCAGCUCUAGUGAAUUGAUUGCCGAAUUACCGACAUUGUAUCAUUGUAUAAGAUUUCCUGUCGUUGGAAUGGGCGUUUUAGUUUGGGUUGAAUGUGUUGUCACUGAGCCCUCAUACUUCAAAUUGUGUACAGAACACUGUCCUGUCCAUUUGGCUUUAUUGGACGAAGUUGCUUCUUGUCACCAAUUACUGCACCACAGGCUCCUACGAUUGCUUGUACAACUUUUCGAAUCUCCACAAGAUGAAUUGGAAAUCUUAGUACAGUUGGAACUAAGGAAAAUGUUAUUGGAUAGAAUGGUAAACCUACUAAGCAGGGGCUGCGUCGUGCCAGUUCUACGUUACAUAAAACAAUGUUGGCAGCGUGGUGAUACUGAUAUUUCCUUGAUUAGAUACUUUAUUACAGAGGUUCUAGAUGCGAUAGCACCACCUUACACACCAGAAUUUGUGCAAUUAGUAUUGCCAAUGGUUGAGAAUGAAGAAAUUACUGGCACAAUGAGGGCUGAAGGAGAAAACGAUCCUGUAUCUGAAUUCAUAGUUCACUGCAAGGCACACUAUGUUGUAGUGUAA